AUGCUUGAAAAAAAUGAUACCUCUCCACCUUCGCCUUCGUCAUCACAAACUGCGAAACCAAAACAAAAUACACUAUUCCGUCGUUUUAGUAAUCAUAAUAACGUAGAAUCUGAAGAUGUUUCAAUUGGGUUUGACUUAUUUAUGCACAUUUGUUCGAUCAAAAAUUGGUAUAAUUACCUUCAAAUGUUCCUUGUAAUCUCGAAUUCAUAUCAUAGCUUGCAUUCUGAUGAUUUUGAUAAAGAUAUUAUCAUAGUGAAGGAUUGUUUAUAUGAUUUAUAUUCUUCAACUUACAUUCCAAAAAGAUGUAAAGAGAUAUAUGAAGAAUUAAUAAACGAAUAUUAUGAUUACGAAACAAAAAAAAAAACCAGUAAAUUAGAUAAGUUAAUUUCUAAUAUUUGGGCGGAUUUAAUUGUUGAUGUAUUUGAAGGUGAAAAAAAAUUCGAAAAUCAACUUAAACAAUUGGGAAAUUUUCAGAAAAAUAGAUUGAGGAAACUUAUGUUAGGUAAACUGUCGAAUUUAACUCGUCAAAUCUCUUCAAAUUAUCGCACCAAACGUAAAAAGGAGCAACUUCAAGAUAAAAUUAAUGAUUUGAAUGCUGAAAUCAGUGAUUUGAACAAACAGAAUUCUCAAUAUCAAGCAGCUUUAGGUGAAGUGAAAAAUGUUCGUUGGGGUGACGAUACUCCAAACAACCCUACAAAAUUAGCCGAAGCUUUUAUCGACUUGCAAUCUACGCUUGAAGAUUUUACUUUAGUACAAGGCGAAGAUUACGAAAUUAAUGUGUCAGAAUCAUCUGGUCUUUUAAAUCAUCUAAAUUGUAAAGAAAAAUUGUCUUCGAUACAAGGUAAACUAGUACUAAGUGCGAUUUUUCAACGACGCAUCAUUGAAAUAGUUUUGCGGGAAAUACACUCAUGUUUCAUUCCAAGCACAGAACCCGAGAUUGCAAAAAAUUCCGACGAAACACUAGAAGUUGAUAUUGUUAAUGCUGCUGAUGUACUAAUUAGACUCACGAAAAAAUUCGCUGAUUCACGUUCUGGUAAUGAUGAUAUUACAAGAAUGGUUUCAAUCAAAGUACGUCAGCAAGUUUACGCGGCACUUGGAGUUCGAGGGCUCUCCGAUCCAAAUCAUCCCUUUAUCAAAAAAAUAUCUACCAAAUUAGUUACCUAUCUUUCAAGAUAUCGUCAAAUUCGAAAUGAAGAAUUAAACUCGGACUUGGAAGAACAGGCAAUUAAAAUUACUCAAGAAAUCAUUAAUCUCUUUUGUUUUAAAUCAAAAGCACAGCCAAUUAUUCCAGAAUAUGAAUUUUUUGAGAGUGGUCAGGCUGUGGAUGUUAGAUAUAUGCAGGGAUUUUUGAGAAAAGAAGAUCCGAAGAAAUUGGAAGUUGAAAUUUGUUCAUUUCCAUUAAUUAGUAUUCCUGGUGAUGAUAAAAAUAAAAGAGUUUUGAUUAAGGCUCAUGUCAUUACUAGAAAAAAAAAUUCUAGUUAA